CCAUGGUUAACCAACGUGCCGCAUCUCAGUACGUAGUCUGGUCGUAUAAUACAACAUUUUCUUUUAUUUUUUAAUGCAACAAAUCAAGCACAAUACAGAAAUUCGGAUAAAAAAAGUGAAGACUGAAGAAAAGAAAUUAAAUCCUCAGUCGAAGAGAUGGAGUUUGGUGUGGGUGAUGUAGCGCAAAUAUCAGCAGAGUUAGCACGUGUCGUUGAAAUAAUGAUGUCGCCAGAAGUUCCGCAUCAACAGCGACUGGAUGUUUACAACGCCUGUGAAAGAUUCAAGGAGACUUCACCUCUCUGCGCUCAAUGUGGUUUAUAUCUAGCUCAAAAAUCUCCAAAUAAGAGUUCAGUCGUACGACACUUUGGCCUCCAGUUGAUGGAGCACUGCAUAAAGUAUCGUUGGACUCAGAUAUCCCAGAGUGAAAAGGUAUUCAUUAAGGAGAGCUCGAUGAAGUUACUACAGGAAGGAAUGGAAAAUGGAGGAUUGCAGGAGGAGACACAUAUAAAAGAUGCCAUGUCUCGAGUUAUCGUGGAGAUGAUAAAGAGGGAAUGGCCCCAGCAAUGGCCCACACUAUUGGCUGAGCUUAGUCAGGCUUGCACAAGAGGAGAGAGUCAGACUGAAGUGGUUCUGCUCGUCUUUCUCCGAUUGGUAGAGGAUGUUGCCCUACUACAGACACUCGAAUCCAAUCAAAGACGAAAGGACAUUUAUCAGGCCCUCACUACCAACAUGGCUGAAAUUUUCGCCUUCUUUUUGAGACUCAUGGAGCAACAUUUCUCGGAAUUCCAGAAGAAAACAGCCCUUGGUAAUGUCACUGAAGCCUCUGCCCACAGCAAAGUUGUACAGGUUGUCCUGUUAACUCUUACUGGAUUCGUAGAGUGGGUUUCCAUCGUACACAUCAUGGCUGACGAGGGUAGACUGCUGCAGAUACUCUGCGUGUUGCUGGGUAAUGCCACAUUCCAGUGCGCUGCUGCUGAGUGCCUACUGCAGGUUGUCAACAGAAAGGGAAAGACGGAGGACAGGAAACAACUGAUGAUUCUCUUCACUGAGGAAGCCCUGAGAUGUAUCUAUGGAUCAGCUGCUGCACCACCUCCAGCUGUGAAGGAGUUGCACGAAGGGCACUAUUUAUUUCUGAAGAAAUUGACACAGGUUCUCACUGGAAUGGCAACUCAGCUGUGCACCCUCUGGGGCAAGGAUGAAGCCGUUAACCAAUCAUCCAUUCGACCGGCACACUUCAACUUAUUCCUGGACACAGUCCUCUCUUUUACUAUGCACUCCAGCCUAACCCUCAACCAUCUAGCCAACACAAUCUGGGUAAUGCUCUUCAGACAUGAACAAAUAAAGAAUGACAGUCUCCUUUUGACGUACGUUCCCAAGUAUAUCGAGUACACAGGACCAAAAUUAAUCAAAGUCGCCUAUCCUGUGAAUCACAAUCACAACAAUGACUACGGUACCAUCAACGGAAUGACAGCCUACUGCCUAAGUGAUUAUGACUCCGAGGAGGAAUUCCGAGUAUUUCUUCAUCGUUUUCGGAUGGAUUUGGUGGAGGGCGUGCGUCAUGCAACAAUGGUUGCACCAUUGGUGACCUUUGCCUACGUUCAACACUGGCUGACAGCGAAAAUAACAAAGGGAAUGCUCAAUCUACGAUACAAAAGUGACCCAAAUGGUCCUGAGUAUCUUGAGUGGGAGGCACUUGCGCAGGCGCUUGACUCAGUUAUCUCCCGAAUUCUGCUUGUCAGCGAACGUCCGAGUGUGCAAAAUGGGCUCCAACUUCUUGAACUGUGUCUCGGUUACUCCCCAGACGAUCCUUGGUUACUAUCCGCACUUCUCUCUUGCAUUUCUGCUCUUUUUGUAUUUUUAUCGAUGUCCACUGGCUCAAUGGCCAUGCCAGGUGUUGCCAUACUGCCACGUGUUCUUGAGAAAAUAUUCUCAGCACUUGUCUACGAGAGUCCGGAGGACAGAAAACUUACGGGACCUGGAAAUCGUUCCAAAGCGACAAAAUGCGUGAGGAGACAUGCUGCUAGUCUAAUGGUUAAAAUUGGUCUGAAAUAUCCUCUUCUUCUGCUACCGGUUUUCGAGCAAAUACACACGACAGUUAAGGGACUGAUGAGAACUCACAGUGAUAGAAAUGAACCCAAAGACCACUCCAGUCAGUUAACAAGAAUGGAGAGUGUAGUCCUGCAUGAGGCUCUUUUAAUAAUCUCGAAUCACUUCUGCGACUACGAGAGGCAGACUCGAUUUAUCGCUGAAACAAUCGGUGAAGCAUCGCCCACAUUUAUCGCCAUCGGUCUCGAGGCCUUCAAAGGACCCGUGGAACUAAUGAGAUUCAUAGGAUUAGAUAGACCAGCAGUAUCACUCCAGAACAACAACACCGAGGAAGAAAUAAUAAUUCAGAACAGGGCGGACUUGAUGUAUUGCCUGUCUACUAUGCUCAGUGUUGUCAAACGUUGCUCGAUACCUGAGGAUCCUGACCGAGCUGCUCGAGGGGGCUUUGUUGCAGCAUUGAGUGAAAGUGGAAAUCCAGUGUACCGAAAUCCAGCAGCUCCACACAUAAUUCCCAUUUUACCUACUCUGUUUGCUCUUGUUAAAGCCAUGAAUACAUUUUUCACUCCAAAUGCACUGGCAUUAUUGGCAGAGGACUAUCAAAAGGCACAUGACCUUAUGGAGUACGAGAAGAUACAUCUGAUGGGAAUUACGGUGCCCAACAUGCAAGGCAAUAAUUUCUAUCAGCAGGGAGCGGAAAAUACAAAUUCUGAUUCCAAUGAUCAAUCGUCAACUGCUCCUCUGCCGAGAAUGCAACAGUUUCUCUUGACAAUCCAUGACAACUGCUAUCACAUGCUUGGCAGUGGCUGUAACAGUCUUGGCAGAGAUUUUUAUCAAUUACCUGGACUUGCACCAGCUCUACUCAAUUCAGUCUUCUCCAACAUGGAGCUCAUUCCUGACCAUCGAUUGCGUCCAAUCAUUCGUGUUUUCUUGAAGCCCUUCAUCUACUCAUGUCCACCAGCAUUCUAUGAGAGUGUAUUGGUGCCUAUAUUAACCCACGUCUCGACGCACAUGUGUCAGAGGUUGAGUGCAAAGUGGCAGUAUCUGACGAGGCUGCAUGAGGAAAGGUGUGGACAUGAUGAGGAUUAUCCGACUGACGCACAGGAGGUGCUUGAUGAUAUGCUCAAUAGGAAUUUGACUAGAGAUUUUGUAGAUGUGCUGAAGGUGACUUUGGUCGGGGGAUCCACCAGUGAUGCUUCCCCUCCAGAUUCUAGUAUGGAUGACAGCUCUGGGAUGGCAGUCGAUCAAACUACACCGCCACCUGCUGUCAGGGGAAACAGUAUCGUUGCUGAAGUUGUUAGUGAACUUGGGGGUUUUGUGCUGAGGCAUCCCUCAACGUGUCACAGUAUCGUUCUGUGUGUACUUGGGGCAUUGUCUUGGAAUGAUUCGAAUGCUAGCUUGAAAGCUACCAUGUUAACGGGGCCCAUUGUCAGGGCAUUGGUGGCUGAUGGAAGUUUGACUCCAGCCAUGGCUGCUCAUAUUAUGGUCGCAGUUCUCCAAGGACUACAGCUCCAUGGACAACACGAGGCUAAUCAGGGAUCGUUGAUAACUCUGGGGGCUCAAGUCUACGAGUGUCUGAGACCUAAAUUUCCAAACAUUAUCCAAGUUAUGCAGCAGAUUCCUGGUGUCAAUCCCGCUGAUUUGCAGAGAUUCGAUGAGAAGAUGGCUACGGUCAGCAGCAAGGGGAAUAAGGUGGAGAAGGGGAAAAAGGAGCUGUUUAAGAAAAUUACCAAUCAGCUAAUCGGCAGGAGUGUAGGGCAGUUAUUUCGAAAAGAAGUAAAAAUCGAUAACUUACCUCGUCUCGAAAUAAGUAAACCACCUCAAAUGCGUGUUGACGACUUAUCGAAAAAUGCAGCAGAUACGGGUCUCACAGCACUUUUCGCUGGGCCGACGUAGCCGUAGCAUUUAAUUGACAGCCAUACACUCUACGGUUGGUCAAAUUCAAUAACAAACUACAAUCUAUUGUAAUUGUUGGCAGCAUGUCUAUUAUUAUUCUGUUGCACAGUGUAAGUGAAUAAUAAGGAUGAAUGUCGAACAGAGACACAAAAUUGUCUUAUCCUUCAAAUGAGUGAAUCAAGUGAAAAAUUUGAAGUGAUUUGAUGGAAAUUCAGUGAGAACAUGUUCGGCUUCUGAGCUGCGUUAUAAAAAGUUAAAUGUUAGAUUUUUUGUCUUAUUUAUUUUAUUAAAAAAAAACUCAUCAAGAGAUAAAUAUACGAAAAGGAUUUUCAGUUCAACUCUUCAGAUGUGGUUUGGAUGCAUAUUAUAGUUUUUCUAAUCGAAAGUAUCGACUACUUCUACAAAAAAAAUAUCAUAUUAGCAAGUUACUAGCAAAAUAUUUACGUUUUCUGAAGGAGCAAGUGUUUAUUAGUCUCCGCGUCGUAUGAUACCAAUUACUCGGCAGUCAAACACCAGAUCUGUAUUGGGUUUACUGCAGUUAUGGAUUAUCUUUCUUCGGAGCGAGCCAUCUAGCUUAUGGAACAUUCUGCCACAAUGAAGCCACCCAUUUUUUACAGGAUGUUGAAAAAAUUUGAAAUUGAUAGCUGGUCCAACAGCCAUUAAGAAUACUCUCUCUCUCUCUCUCUGGAUUUUAUUAGAUUUUUGAACCAAUUUUCAAAUAUCAUCGAAAUAAAUGAAUUUCCACAACUUUUAGAAACAAGAUAAUUUUCGCUCGACGUUCCAUCGUACUUCAGUUUGAAAGAGCUUAUAACCGUUAUACAGAUCAGUAGACGACAGCAUUUAAUUUUUUUGCGACUGGAUAACAAUCGAAGACUAAGCGAAAAUGGUACUAUUCAUGAAACAGUCGAGAAUAUCCAUUUCAGUUCUGUUUUUAAAGACAAAUGAAAAAAAAGAAAAUUAAUUUAAAUCUGUAGUGAAGUGGUAAGUGCAUUUUGCAUAGGAUAAGUUAUUAGUGAAUAUCUCGGAUAGAAAGGGUAACAGCUUAAUUAAAGAAAAACUUUCGAGCUCAUCCUUUGUUUUGCAAGAAUGAUUUUAAACAAAAUUUUCUUCCUUUCAUUUAUUAUUUAUUGAUUGAGAACUGAAGUCUGGCAAAAUGUACCUAUCUCGUUUUACGACUUCACUACUCAAACCAUUGUACUACUUUAAUUUUUUUAAGUCAAAGCAAGAAUAGCAAAAUGUGCAAAAAUUAAAUUUUCCAGCUCUUUCUAGAUUUCCAACUCUUUGUACAUACUUUGUGCUACAAAAAGUUAUUGCAAGACAUUCCCGUAAAAGCAUAUAUUUCUUGUUGCAAGAUUUUUAAUCUAUGGUCAACUUCACCUGAUGCCUAUUUUUAUUUGAAAUCCUGUAGAACCCACUCACUUUACUACGGUAAUGAGCCAAAAUUGAUUAAGCGUACUUUUAAUUCCUUACGGCACAAAAGAAGCCAUGAAGUAUCGGAGACGUAUCGCGAUCAGGCGCAGCAAUAGUCUAGUGAACGAAUCAUAAAAUAGCUAUUUUGACGGCAAGACUGCUUUUUUCAAUCUUUCGUUACGAUACUGCUCAAAAUGUCAAGUAAGAGGUGGUAAAUAUAGGUGUACAGCAUCCAAUUCUGUAGAAAAAAAAGUCCUAAGAAUUUUACCCCUAUUCGCAUCAUUCACUUCUCAAAAGCAUUGAAAAGCUCGAUGUAAGAAAAAAUUGGAAAAUCAUCUUCAAAACUUGUUUUUUAUUUACCAGCAUGUUAAUUAUUAGGAGCGAUUUCUCCUGUAACCCCAAUGUUUGUCACCCCAUUUGGAAUGAAUUUUGUUUCAUAUGACAUACAAUAAAAACCAACUUUUUAUCUAA